AGCUAUUCGUAUUCCUUAUGCCUUAUGCGAAGCGAUACGAGGAAGAAGAGAAUUGAAGGGAAAAGAAAAAAGGAAUUGAAUUGGGAUGGUGGGGUUGCAUGAAUGAUGAGUGCAUAGUUGCGAAGUGAGCGUUUGAAAAAGUAUGGUUGCAUAGAGAAAAAGAGGACAUAACGGUGAUUACUCACCCAAUCCAUCAAGUAUCAACCGUGUAACGUAGACUUUAAGUGAUAGAAAUUAAAAAGAGGAGAAGCCUGACGGCAUCUAUUUUUCUCUCCCAGUCCACCAUCUUCAAACCUCUCACUCCCCAAUCGAAGGUUCUGGAACCCCAACGCCCCACUCUCGCCACGCCACUUUCCUUUUUUCCGCAUCUAUUUCGCCGAGGGCAUUUUAUUUAAUUUACUAUUUUCUUUAUUUAUUUAGUAUUUUUUAAUUUCUAUUUUUGAUUUUCGGGUAUGCAUUCGGUUGGUGCGCGGUUGUUGAGGUUGAGGUUGAGGUUGAGGCCAAGGAGGGAACUGAGUUAGGUUCUUCUCUCGUUUCGGCCUUCUCUUCUCCGAUCGAUCCCUAAUUGCCGUUGCGAUUUCGCCAAUGAAUCGCAGCUUCCGAGCACCGGAAUCGCCAAUGCAAGCUGCGUUCAAGCAGAGGCACCAGCAAUUGGGGACUCUCAGCUCCUCUCCGCGCCUCAUCGACAGGGAUGACGAGCUCGCCUUGUUCCUCGAAAUGCGCAACCGCGAGAAGGAGCACUACGAUUCUUUGCUUCGCGCCGCCGAGGAAGCCGACGCUGCAGCAUUAGGCAAUUCUCUCUUUAGCGUUCCGUCGGCGCGGAAGACCGGUGCUGAUGAUUUUCUCAAUUCGGAAAAUGAUAAGAAUGACUACGAAUGGCUUCUAUCCCCACCUGGGACUCCCCUUUUUCCUUCUCUGGAGAUGGAAACAACAAAAACUGUUAUGAGUCGGCUUGGAGCUCCAACUGUACGUUCCACAUCAUUAAAAGCUAGAUUGGCAAAUCCUCCGUCAGAACAUACUGGAAGGAGGAGCAACAUGGUAUCCAAACAAACCGCCUCCUCCCCUGGGUUGACCUCUUCAGGUGGUGGAAUUAGGAGGCCCUCAUCAUCAGGGAACCUGUUAGAACUUGCUGGAAGGAGCAACUUAGUAUCUAGACAACCAGCCUCCUCCCCUGGGUUGACCUCUUCAGGUGGUGGAACUAGGAGGCCCUCAUCAUCAGGGAAUCUGGGAUCAAGAUCUGCAACUCCUACUGGACGACCUACAUUGUCCACAGUUUCAAAAUCAUCUAGACCUUCAACACCUACUUCUCGGACAACCAUACCUUCGACUAGGACAAUGGUAGCUACCACCAAGACCUCAGUUUCCUCAGCCAAGCCGGUGGUUUCUUCAUCUAAGACUGCAGUUUCUGUCAGUAAGACAACUACAGUGCCGGCAACUAAAACCACAAUUCCAUCUAGAUCCUCUACACCUCUGUCAAGAUCUACUGCAAGAUCUUCAACACCAACAACCAGGCCUACCUUACCAGCAUCCAGGUCUACAUCAAGGUCAUCAACCCCAACUCGGCGACCAUCAACACCAUCAAAUGUACCCACUGUAUCUGCUCCUUCAGUUAAGACAUCUUCAAUCUCCAAGUCAGCUCCUGUGAUGUCAAGGCAGGCAGUACCAUCAUCACCUGGCCCUUCACCAACAGUAAAAUCAAGGCCAUGGAAGCCAUCUGAGAUGCCUGGCUUUUCACUUGACGCUCCACCCAAUUUGAGGACAACGCUUCCAGAAAGACCACUGUCAACAACUAGGGGGAGGCCUGGAGCCCCCAGUCCACGGUCUUCGUCUGUUGAUCCUGCUUUCAGUGGUAGACCAAGACGACAAUCAUGCUCUCCUUCUAGAGGACGUUCCUCCAAUGGCAUUUCUCAUCCAACUGGAAGCUCUAUGCCUGCCGUUAAUCGUACAUACUCCAAAGCGAAUGAAAAUGUCAGUCCUGUUGUAAUGGGCACCAAAAUGGUUGAGAGGAUGAUAAAUAUGCGGAAACUAGCACCACCAAGGUUGGAUAACAGGAACCCUUCCCAUAAUCUUUCUGGCAAGUCGUCAUCAUCUCCAGAUAGCUCUGGUUUUGGAAGAUCACUCUCAAAGAAAUCCUUGGAUAUGGCUAUUAGGCAUAUGGAUAUAAGGCGAAGGGUUCCAGGCAAUAUACGGCCAUCGAUGACAAACAUUCCAGCAUCUUCAAUGUAUAGUGUGAGGUCUGGGCCUCAGCGGAGCAGAACUGUUAGUAUCUCGGGCUCUCCUCACGCCACUAGCAGUAAUGCUAGUUCUGAAGUGAGUGUAAACCAAAAUGGUCUUUGUUUAGAUAAUAGUGAAAUAGAUGAUGAUAUUGUCAGUGAGAGAGGUGGUCAAUCUCCUGCAAGUGUGCGGGGUAGAUAAAUUGCUCUCACUUUGUGGAAUACUCUAUCCACAUUUUAAUGGCACAACCAUUCUUAUCCCGAGUUUCAGCCAUAUUGGAUUUUUAUAUGGAGCUAGCCACGCUUCAAUUGAUGUAAAGUUUACUGGAAGUGAUAUAAUCUUAAUGGAAUGUAUUUGUAAUUUUAGAUACCAGCUAUAUGCUGAAAUUGUAAUGCUCAUUUUUUUUCUUCUUUUUCAAGUGGUGUUCUUUCACACGAAAACUGUAGAAAUUGUGUGGCAUUGUAUUUUUGAGAAAUGCUAGCAACGUGUGAUUUAGAACUUC